UAAAUUAUUAUAAAAUAUACACUUCUAAUAUUAGACUUUCUCAAUUCAUCAUAGAUACCUUCAACUUGUCAUUCCAAUUCUCUAUACCAAACAACUCUGUUCUUUUUUUCCUCAAACGUUGUUUCAAAUGGAUUCCUCCUUGAUUUCUUUCUUUCUCACACUCUUAAACCAAAACAUGCAUGCCAAAUUCCUUUCCAAAACCUCAAGAACAACAUCCCCACAAGAAACCAUGAAACUAGUGCCUGCAAAAAGAGCACAAACACUUGCAACAAUGGGGUCAACCAUAGCCACUUUCACCUUUGUUUGGGCUAUCAUUUGCCAAUACUGUCCUUACGAAAUCCGCCAUAUGAUAGAAAAGCUCAAGCAAAAGAUCAAGGACUAUUUCUACCCUUAUAUCCGGAUCACAAUCCACGAAUUCACUGGCCAUGAUCGCGAUCGGAUGAUGAAGCGCAGUGAAGGCUAUGCCGCGGUUGAAGCUUAUCUGAGCUCCAACUCCUCAGCCAAUGCCAACAGACUCAAAGCCGAGAAGGAAACCGAUACGAGCUGCUUGAUUCUGAGCAUGGGUAGGGAUCAGAUUCUGAGUGAUGAAUUCCAAGGUGCAAAAGUUUGGUGGGUGUUGAAGAAAUUGUCCUCACACAGAGUAGCUUAUGAGCAGAAGUACUACGAGCUCACUUUCAAUAAGCGUCACCGAGAAAUAAUCACCAAGUAUUAUCUAGAUCAUGUCAUAAAGGAAGGGAAAGAGAUCAGGAUCGGAAACAGGCAGAGGAAACUAUACACCAAUUGUUCUGGUGGAUUAAAAUGGUCAGCUUACCAGCCAACAAUAUGGAGUCACAUAGUGUUUGAGCACCCUGCUAGCUUCGAAAAAAUGGCAAUGGAAGCAGAGAGGAAACAGGAGAUUAUUGAUGAUUUAUUGACUUUCAGGAAUGGAAAAGAUUACUAUGCAAGUAUUGGGAAAGCUUGGAAGAGAGGUUACUUGCUCUAUGGUCCACCAGGGACUGGUAAAUCAACCAUGAUUGCUGCUAUGGCUAAUCUGCUUGGCUAUGAUAUUUAUGAUCUUGAGCUCACUUCUGUGAAGGACAAUACAGAGCUAAGAAGGCUUUUGAUUGAGACUACUGGGAAAUCAAUAAUUGUGAUUGAAGAUAUUGAUUGCUCGCUUGAUCUUACAGAUCAGAGGAAGAAGAAAACAGAGAAAGUUUCAGAAGCAGAACAGAAAGAGAUUAAGAAAGAAGCAAGAGAUGAGGGAAGCAAAGUGACACUGUCAGGGCUGUUGAAUUUCAUUGAUGGUUUAUGGUCUUCUUGUGGGGGUGAGAGGAUCGUGGUUUUCACUACAAAUUAUGUGGAAAAACUCGAUCCGGCAUUGAUUAGAAGGGGUCGGAUGGACAAGUAUAUUGAGCUUAGUUAUUGCAGUUUCGAAGGUUUCAAAGUGCUUGCCAAGAACUAUUUGAAACUUGAAAACCAUCAAAUGUUUGAUAAAAUUGAAAAGCUGAUGAUGGAGACCAAGCUCACCCCCGCUGAUGUUGCUGAGAACCUCAUGCCCAAAUCACAUAGGGAUGAUCCAGAGAAGUGUCUUACAAACUUGAUAAGAGCUAUGGAAAAAGCAAGAAAAAGAGCAGAAGCUGACAGGAAGAAAGACGAAGAGGGAGCAUCAUCAAAAGAGAAUGAGACAAAGCAGCCACCAACUGUCAAAGACAUUGAAGAAAAUGAAUAUAAUAAACCAGUGUAGUGGUAUUAGGAAAAUAAAGAAGUUGAGUGCUGAUUAAAGACAAUGCACCAUGUCCAAUAUAUAUAUAUAUAUAUAUAUGUGUGUGUGUGUGUGUACUAUAUAACAUUUCAUGGUGACAGAGUUGAACUACCUUACUAGACUUUGUCCUUUAUUUAUAUAUUUGUUAAUUUUUUUA